AUGGCCGAGCAGCGUCCUCUCGAAGUUGACAAUGAACUGCCUACCGAGGAAGAGUUGAUCGGAGACUCUCAGUCGGAAUUGACCUCCCUCAAGAGCAGUAUCCUUGAGCACCGAUACGAAAAUGGACGGCGAUACAAUGCGUUUCGGCCAGGAUCCUAUUGGGGUCCCAACGAUGAAAAGGCCCAGGAUCACCUUGACAUCGGACACCACCUCCACAACCUCCUCACAGGUGGAAGGCUUUACCUCGCGCCGAUUUCGUCUACUGUCCAAAGAGUCCUAGACAUUGGUACCGGCACUGGAAUCUGGGCAAUAGAAUUCGCAGACCUCCAUCCCUCGGCCAAGGUCAUCGGUACAGACCUCUCCCCAAUCCAGCCAACCUGGGUGCCUCCCAACGUGCAGUUCGAGGUUGACGACUGUACGGACGAGUGGGUACAUGAAAAGGACUCGUUUGAUUAUAUCCACAUUCGUGGGAUGUAUGGGUCUAUUGCUGAUUGGGAUGCGCUGUAUAAGACAAUUCACAGCCACUUAAAACCCGGCGGCUACAUCGAGCACUGGGAACAAUCCGUGCAGGCCAAAUCCGACGAUGGAACAACAGCCGGAACGGUCUACGAAGAAUGGGCGGAGCUCGCGCACCGCGCCGGCGAUGCUUUCGGGAAGACACUGCGGAUCGUCGACGAAUCCAAAAACCGGAUCACAAAAGCCGGGUUCGUCGAUGUUGUUGAAAAACGCUUCAAGUGUCCGCUGGGUCCCUGGGCGAGCGAUCCCAUCAUGAAGAAGAUGGGCGCGUUUAAUCGGUUGCAGCAGGAAGAGGGGCUGGAGGGGUAUGCGAUGUACUUGUAUACGACUUAUUUGGGGUGGACGCGCGAAGAGGUCGAGGUAUUGCUCGCGCGUAUGCGCAAGGCGCUGCGUGAUCCGUCGAUUCAUGCUUACCAAGAGUAUUCGGUUGUUUGGGCGAGAAAGCCGGUUCCAGGAAAAGAAGCUGGCGCUGGAUAG